UAAUGAAUAUUUAUUUUCAGUGUGUAUCUAUUUUUACCAUUUGUACUUCCAUAUUCGAUUUAUACUGCCUUUCUCAAGCUGCACCUGGUUCUACUCACUAUGGGUAUUAUAUUAUAUCAUAUGAAUUUGUUUAUGUGGGUAAUCGGCAUGUUCGGAAUGCUCUUGUGAUGUUCGCAUUGUUCUCUAUGCUAGGAGCAGUGGCAGUUUUUGCCACAUCUGCAAUGUUGAUUACUGCCUUGAGAAAAGAAUAUGAAAAGAAAAUGGUUCCAUGGCUGUACAGUUUUGCUGCUUUUACAAUUUUUAGGCUAGUUGCUUUUGUAUUUGCCAGCACAGUAAAUGACAUGAUAUUUGGUUACAAUAUUGCGAUGUGUCUUUUGUGGAUAAUAUUUAUAUGUGUUUCCGUUUAUGGAUGGUUAAUCGUUUAUUCUCUAUAUGUGGAAUUAAGUGAUCUUACGAGAUUAGAAGAUCUGGCUCAUUUAAGAAUUGGUACCAUGCAGUCACUAAACGCAUCUACCACCCAUUCCAUCGCUGGUUCUCGUCCAACAACACCACAUAGUGCAGUAUCGACAAUGCCUGCGAAUUAAACGACAUACAAUGUAUUUAAAUAAUCCUCGUGCAAGUAUAUAACGUUAUAUUUAAAAGCGCACGAGUGUUCAAAGCAUAUGCAGCGUUAUGAAACUGCCAGUGCAAAAUGAGUGAUGUAUAUAGGAUUACAUUCAUCCGUCCAUUUGCUUUAAUAUUCCGUCCAGAAUGUGAAUUAGCAAAAAUUGUUAACUGCAUGAAUUUUUAUAUAUGAUUUAUAUGGUUUUCAUCAUUGUACGCCUGUUAUAUAUAAAUAUUUGGAAAUAGCAAGGAACUGUAUUUAGAGAUAAUAUGUCUAAUAAUUAGUUAUAUCUAAUUUUUAUAAUGAUUAUCUUCUUGUAACCGAAUAAAUUUACUAGAAUUUUAUACUAUUUUUUUGUAUAAACAUUACUAGUAUCUUUACCUUGUUAAGUUAUUAAUUACAUUGCAGUUUUAUUUAGGACACUAUCGCCAAGUUUUGAAUUUAUUCUUAUGGUGCAAUUGUGACUCCAUUGUCAAUUAGCAGAUCUGUUUCUGUUCCUGCUAACCUAUGAAAAAGAGAGUAGAAAAGGUAAAUUAAUCUCCCGAGGAGAUUCAACAAGAAUAUUCCAAUAGGUAUGAUCAUCUUCGAAAGUAUUCCAAAUGUGCCUGUCAAUAUGUACAUCGCAAUUGCAAGGCACAUCUUCUAUAAAAAUAAAAAGAGAAACCUCUUGUUAUAAUCAUUCUAUUUAUUUUUCUCUAUAUUUUUUUCAUAGCUAUGUUGACUCAUUUUGACAUGUCUCGUUAUAAAACAAAGAGUAAACGAUUGUGCAAGUGCAUGCAUAAGUACUUUCAUUUUUUUUUACUAACUUAAUUAAUUUUGAAUGCAGUUUUUCUGAGGCUUUCGGGAAUAAACCAUAUCUUAAGGAAAUAUUUUCCUGAUGCUCCGUCUUCAUUGCAGCUGGCAUCUUGAGGGAUUGCAGAUACUAGAAAGUGAUUUUUAUUCUUAUAUGUACGCUAUCAAUCAGGUACUCUAUUCCUGCUCUGGUUCUCAUUAAAGAGUAUUUUGUGAUCGGUCAGCUAUAGCUGAUGGCAGUUGAUUGUAAGUAGUUUCAUCUGGAACAGUUCUCACGCUGUUUGAGACAUUUACUCAUACUCCUCCCAGUUUUAUCGAUAGGCUGUAUUAUACAACCAAGACUUGAAAUCCCUAUUUUCAAGCCAUUGAUGCAAAGAAGUAUUUUUUUAGUCACAUUCAAAUUAUUCUUUUUAUUAAAUGCGACUACACAACUACUACUUCGAUUGCGAUCUUACCUUACAAACAUACUAGUUCAUGAAAAUGCUUUUGUCAAUCAACAUGCUACUAAAUUGAUAAAAGCAGCACAUUCUGAAUCUGUGAUAUAAGUUUACAGAAAUAUACAUUUUAGCUUUGUAUGAGAUUCUCAGAUCGGAAAGUACCUCUUUAAAUAGAGGAAAGUUCAAUGUGAGCUGUUCUGAUCAUGAUUAAAUAAAAUAGACCAGUAUCGAAGUUUGAAGUUUUUGAUUUUACGUACUUCCAUAUCACUGAAAGAAUGUUUCAAAUGAAAUUAAGACAGUCUAAUAUAAGUACUUACGAGUAAAUUACGAAUUGUGAAGGAUUGUAUCUUCAUUUCUUAAGAAAUACAGGUGGAAACUCUAUUCUUGUAAGUAAUAGAGUAAAAAACGUAUGCUAAUUGAAUUAUUAUACACCUGGAUCUAUUUUGCACUAGUCAUGUCAAUGUCCCUUACCGUGGGAGUUCAAGACCUUAUGUAUUCAACUGUAGUUUAGAUAUAGGGAAGCUAAGUUCGUUUACUGCUAUUUUAUCUUCAGUAUUCACUUACUAUUAGAGUGAGCUGUGGUACUUAUUACAUUCCAUUACAAACAUCGAAUUUUUGAGAAUAUUUUAUUCAAUCUUAUGAAAUAAGCAAAAA